ACUUAAUUAGUUUAACUUGGGCGUAAUUCCAAAUUCACGGGUCAGAGUUUGAGAAAUGAGAAUAACCUCAUAAUAUCGUCGUCCCAUUGAACAUUUCAAGGUUACAAUUGACGGGGUCAGUGUAUUGAUUGUAUUUGUACUUCGUAUUCAAAAUAUAAACAUAGCCUUUCUGCCACUAUUUUCUUCAAAAACACACGAUAGGAUGACAAUGCAACAGUACUGUUUACGAUGGAACAAUCAUCAGCCGAAUUUUAUAUCAGUAUUCUCUAGCCUUUUGAACAGCGAGUCCUUGGUUGAUGUUACACUUGCUGCAGAGGGGCGACACUUACAAGCACAUAAAGUUGUUUUAUCAGCAUGUAGCUCUUAUUUCCAAUCUCUCUUCACUGUAAAUCCUUGCAAGCAUCCAAUUGUUAUACUGAAGGAUGUUAAAUUCAAAGACCUAAAGGUCAUUGUGGAUUUUAUGUAUUAUGGUGAAGUGAAUGUGUCACAGGAACAGCUUCCUCAUAUUUUAAAAACUGCAGAGAUGCUAAAAAUCAAAGGCUUGGCUGAGAUUCCAGUGGAACCUUCUAGCUUAACAAAAUCCCAGACAAAUUCAUCAGAGCGUGCAGAAUUAUUAACAUCUACUGAUCCAAAUUGGACUUCUGAAGUAGGGCAAAGGUCUACACUGUCUCCAACAACUUGUCCUCUCUCACCUUCUAGUAAAAGGAAAAGACUAAGAAAGUCCUCAACAGGAUCUGGUUCUGGUUCAACAGAACGUAUCAUUGAAGAACCAACAACAAAUGAAGUCACUGUUACUUCUCCCGGAGGCAGUACACUGGGUACUCUUAUAAAACCUGAUCCAGGUGGUUUUUCUUCGGCCCCAAACACUCCCCUUCGUAUCAAGCAACACAGUAGCGAUUCUGACACGCUUCCGCGGGGCAAUUCUCACGAGAGUGCCGAUGGCGAUGUCACCCACCAAAUCACUUUAGUAGGAACAACAUUAAGACAAGUACCCCAGCAAGAACAGCCAAGUGCACCACCCAGUGUUGAGCCACAGUCAGUAGAGGCUCCACCCAACUCUUCAUGUGGUGCCACACAACAGCAAUCUGUACAAGAUCGGCCUUCAGUCACUACACAGACACAAAUGCCUCAACAGCCCCUUCAUCAACAAAACCAGCACAUGGUAAUGGGUACCAAAAGGGGCAGGAUACUAAUGAGACAGCCACGAAUAAAACGAGAAAGUGACUCUAAUCAGAACCAGGAAGGUGACGGUUGUUCUCCGCAAUUUUUGUCGAUACCAUUUCGAGUGGAAAGACAAUGCUCAGAUCCCCUUCCUUCUGCAUCGCCUCCACCAGGAAAUCUACUUUCUGUACCUGGACAUACGUUGGUCAAGCAACACUCUCAUCCCUUAUUACCCAGUCAAACACAACAGCAAUCUCACGGCAAUUCAAGUCAAAUUUUAAUGCAUCAAUCAUCGACAACUUCUACGGGGAGCGUUGAUGCUGAAAGAGCAGUAAGUCCGGUGGUUGUAGUGUCAGAUUGUGCCAGUUCUGGUUCAGAAAACACAACGUUAAGAGCUGAGACUGCACCCUCAGCCACUGCUACACUUAGAGUUCGAACUGAUGAGUUGAAGCGCAGUUCUUCUUCUCCCCAGACAGGAACAAGAUUAAGUCAUUGUCCAGUGGUAAGACCAGGCCCAGCUUUAGGGUGUAACUACUGUUGGAAUACAGUGGACAAUCAUGGUCGGAUAUUGAGAAGGAAAACGAAGUACCAUUGCCCAGAAUGUCAGACAAACCUCUGCAUAGUACCAUGUUUUCAAGAGUACCAUGAGAGGCAUGUGUCUGGUCAAACUGACCCUUUAGCCCUUACGUCUAGCGUUAUGCGAACUAUUUUUCCCAAAACUACUUCUAUGUGAAUGAGUAAAUCUUAAAAUGGUUUUUGGAGGUGACAAUCCUUUUAUAUCGGAAAAGAGGUUUGUUUUUUAUGGAGCAGUAUUGUUUCGUCAGCAUCCUAUAAAGUAAGGGAUGGUGAAUAUUGUGGUCAGUAAACUAAAGGUUAUCGUUAAUUGAAAAAAUAUAUAAGAAAGGUCAUAGAGUGAUAAGCAUUGUGAAUCAGUCUCCAUUUCCAAGGUGAAUGGUGACUAUACUAAGAUGUAACAACUCCAAAAAUUUAGGUCUUUAAGUUAAUUGACUUUCGCUAAAAAGUCAAGAGUUUUUUUCGUGAUUCUUAUAACACUGAUAACACUUAUUAAGUUCGGAUUAUUAAUAAAAUUCUGUUUUGAUUUUAAUUUAUUGACACACGAUUUAUUUUUAAUAUUCUAUUAGAAUUGAAUUCAUCAACAUAAGGCUUAAUUAUUAACGAUAAAAAGAUAUUGGUUUGUGUCAGUUUUUGUCUAUUGACAAUUUAGAUGCCUUUUUUGAACAUUUUAAUGGAGCAUAAUUAAUUUCUCGGUAUAAUUCUCAAUGUUUUUGUUAUUUGUUUGUGUUAAUUUCAUGAAUACGCUUGUGAAAACGAUCUGUAAGUGUAUAAUUACAAGAUGGUUAAUGCUUAAUUACGAUAUUUAGUUUUACUAAGGGGCGAAAAGUACGUAAAUCGAACUUGCAUUCUUUCAUUUCAAAAAAUAUAUCUAUAUUUUUAGAGUAUAUACAUUUGUUAGAUUUAAUAGAAAAAGCGAUUGCGAUGCAUUCCUGUGUAUAGAAAACGAACGACUUUUUGUAGUAGAAAUACCCUACGAAUUAAAAAAAAUUGAAAACGUUAGGACCUAAUCAUAAGAAAGUAAAGUUAAUAUGUGGUUUGUGUAAACAAAUAAUGCAAAACCACAUAAAAUCAGACUCUUCCUUUUUACUGAAGGGUUGCAUACAUAAAUAUGUAAGGUAGUUCCUAAUUUCGUUUUAAAAUCUUCCGAGGUUCGUGUUGGGGUUACUCAAGUAUUACCUAAGCACAUUUUUAGUCUUUUUGGACCCUCCCACAGCCAGCCACCCCUCAACAAAUCUAUGAAAAAUGUUCUAAUGUAAUACUUGAAUUAUCUCUUACCUAUCAGUCUUAGUUUUGUCAAUCUGAAUUUAAAAUUAAAAAAAAAAUGACAAACGAAAAUUUAAAGGUACUUAAUUAAAUAUGAAUGCCACCAUAAAUUGUAUAAUUAAUUUUUAUGUGUCGCGUGCAUUAGGUUACUGUUUAAAAAUUUUUCGCUUUUGUGCGUACUAAAUAAGUAAAAAUUGCCAGUAUUCUAUAUUAACAAUACGCACGUAAUAUUUAUUUAUUAAAAAAAAGUUAACUUGUAACUUGACGAAUCAAUACCUAUUGUAGUAGUGGUAAAUGAUGUCGUAGGAAUAUAACGAUGAAUAAUAACGUAAUUAAAAUAUGCAUAAAAAAUGUCGAAUCUCUUAUUAAUCUUAAUACUUACAAAAAAUAUUAUUUUAUUUGUGUCGUAUAUUUAAUACUAUAAUAUAAACUGAUUAUUUUUUCGUUUUUAAAAUGUAAAUGUAAUCUUGCAGAAACGAAAAGUAUGUGAUAAAAAAUAAUUUGUAUUUAAUAUCGAAUAAUGGUUAAAAAAUCGAUUUUUAAGUUAUUGCAAUUUUACGAAGGGGAUCGAUUAAUGAAAUUAACCAUUUUCUUAUUAUUUCCAUUAAUAACAUACUAAGAAUAUUAAAAGAAGUAUUCUGCGAAAGAUAAUGAGAAUUUUGUAACUUUUUUAAAACAUUAAGGCUCCCCCUAAUCUCUAUUGUUAACUAGUCGUAGGAUUGUUUUUGUAAAUGUAAUUGUGCUCAGCUCGCGUAUCGGUUAGCUUUAAAUGGGCAUGAAGAAGUAGCAAAAUAAUACAUCUACGAUAUAUUUUUAUGGAAUACAUAUUAUUAUUGAUACCUAAUGUUAUAAUAAGAGAUAUAUUUUUGAUGACUUACGAUUAGUAAAGUACGCAAAAAAACUUAAGACUAUUUAGGACGGUUGAAGAUUUUGUUUCACGUUUCCUAUUUUUGUGUUUACUAUGUACAAUAUUUUUUAAUUGGGAAACUUGUUUAUUUUAAAGCAAAAUUUACAGCUGUCCAGCGGCAGUUGACCGAUUGUAAAUUGAAAAAUAUUUAUAUGCAUAUAUGUAUAUAAUAGCGUGUCCUGCGAGGUUCGAAAAAGUUACCACUGUUUCAAGAAAGUGAUAGUAUGUACCUGCAGUUCGAUGGUUUUGUUAGUUGAUAACAACUAAAAAUAAUAAUGUAAUACAUAAUUGCUUCUGUAAGGACGAAAUGUAUAAACAAAUAAACUUUGAAACGCUUCUUUAAAAA